GACAGCGAGAGUGCUGGCUCUGAGGAAUGUACACGUCAUCAUUGGUGUACGGAAUACAGUUAGUGCGAAGAAGGCGAAGGAAGAGAUUGUUGAGCAGAAGCCGUCCGCCCGUGUUGACAUUCUGAAGCUCGAUUUGUGCUCUCUCACAUCUGUUGCUUCUUUUGUCCACAACUUCCUUGCUCUUCAUCUUCCUCUCAAUAUCUUAAUAAACAAUGCUGGAGUCAUGUUCUGCCCUUUCAAGCUGUCAGAGAAUGGGGUUGAAACACAGUUUCAUACUAACCAUCUUGGACAUUUCUUGUUGACAAACCUGCUCCUCGAGAAAAUGAAACAAACUGCGGAAGCCACAGGAAUUGAAGGGAGGAUAAUAAAUUUGUCAUCAAUUGCCCACAACUACACUUACAGAAAGGGGAUUAGAUUUCAAAAGCUGAAUGAACGAAAAGGUUAUGAUAACAAGAAGGCGUACGGCCAGUCCAAGUUAUGCAACAUACUGCACUCAAAUGAGCUUUCUCGUCGCCUACAGGAAGAGGGUGUGAACAUCACUGUUAACUCGGUCCACCCAGGAAUCAUAAUGACUCCUCUUAUGAGACACUCUUCUUACCUAAUGCAUUUCCUAAAGAUCUUCACCUUUUACAUAUGGAAGAACGUUCCACAGGGAGCAGCCACGACAUGCUAUGUUGCUCUGCACCCAAGCGUGAAAGGUGAAACUGGCAAGUACUUUGUGGAUUGCAAUAAGGUUAAACCAAGCAAAUUUGCCUCAAAUGAACAGCUUGGAAGGAAACUCUGGGAUUUCAGUGAAAGACUCAUCAAUUCAAUUUCUAAAGCUUAAGUAACCUUUUGCUGUUUGUUUGGGACAGAAUCCUAGUCAAGUUCUCAAGUCUAUCCAUCAAAACCCAUUACUAGUUGUUAUCAUAAUUUCUCGUUUUAUACGAUGUUUCCCAGACAUUUUC